UCAACUUCACAUCCAUAGCAGCCGUCAGCAUGACCAUCAACACACUCAGUCAGGACGGAGUGCAGCUACAGCAAAUGCCCUGUCUGACUAAAAUGGAGCGCAUGAUCAUAUCCAUGCAGGACCCUGAUAUGGGCAUCAAGUUGCUCAACCAGUGUCUCCUUAUUACGGUCAUACCACACACAAUGACUGGUACAGAUAUUGUUGAAAGGCUGAUUAAGAAGUUUUCUAUCUCUGAUGAAGGUAGUUUUUUCAUUGGACAAAUCUUUGUGAAGUACGGCUACAUUUACCCUUUAAAAGAGCCCAGAAACUUUAUUCUGAAAGUUGACGAUUCACCUUAUCGCUUCCAGACGCCAUAUUACUGGAUGUCAACACGCUGGCUGGCUUCAGAACUGGACUAUGGUGAGGAGAUACUUCACAGCAUGUUCAAAAAACAAGGAGAACUAACUGAGUAUGAAAAGGAGUGCUAUAAUGCUUUACAUAAACGUAUCAUCCACACCUGGGACUUUGUUGUGAUGCAGGCAAGAGAGCAGCUCAGGGCAUCAAAACAGCGUCAGAAAGCAGAUCGUAUAGUGCUGGAGUGUCAGGAGCAUGCUUCCUGGCUAGUGAACAGACCUCCUACUUUGUGA